AUAAUUUGUAUAUGUAUUGCACAGUAGAAAGUCCAGGGUUUCCAAAUCGGAGCUUGCCCAACCUCCAAGAAACAAAAAUAAAAACCCCAAAACUAAAAUCUAAUUUUAUUAUCUCCACUUCUUCACUUUCUUUCUCUACACUGCAUCUUUGAAAACCCUAAUUUCAAAGACCCCCAAAUCGAAUCGAUUAAUCAGAUGGCGAUGACGGUGAGCUCAGCGGGCGGAUUGCUGGCGAUGCUUAAUGAGAAUCAUCCGACUCUGAAGCUCCACGCUCUCACCAAUUUGAAUGCGUUUGUGGAUUACUUCUGGCCCGAGAUCUCGACUAGCGUUCCCAUUAUAGAAAGUUUGUAUGAAGAUGAGGAAUUUGAUCAGAGACAACUGGCCGCGUUACUUGUGUCAAAGGUCUUUUAUUACUUGGGUGAAUUGAAUGACUCUCUAUCAUAUGCUCUUGGAGCUGGUCCUCUGUUUGAUGUCUCAGAGGAUUCAGAUUAUGUUCACACACUUUUAGCCAAAGCUAUAGAUGAAUAUGCCAGUCUUAAAACCAAAGCUGCAGAGUCUAAUAAGGCAGCAGACAUUGAUCCUAGGCUGGAGGCAAUAGUUGAGCGGAUGCUUGAUAAGUGUAUAUUGGAUGGUAGAUAUCAACAGGCUAUUGGAAUGGCAAUUGAAUGCCGAAGAUUGGAUAAGCUUGAAGAAGCAAUUACAAAGAGUGACAAUGUUCAUGCAACCUUAUCAUACUGCAGCAAUGUAUCCCACUUGUUUGUCAAUCGCAGAGAAUACAGGCAUGAGGUACUUGGUCUUCUUGUAGAUGUUUUCAAGAAGCUGCCAUCUCCAGAUUAUCUGAGCAUCUGCCAGUGCCUGAUGUUUUUGGAUGAGCCGGUGGGCGUUGCUGGCAUAUUGGAAAAACUUAUACGAUCUGAAAAAGAGGAUGAUGCUUUACUGGCAUUUCAAAUAGCUUUUGACCUUAUUGAGAAUGAACACCAAGCUUUUCUAUUGAAUGUGAGAGACCGGCUCACACAGCCUAAAUAUCUACCCGCAGAACCUGUUCAACCAGUAUCCACUGAAACAGAAUCUGCUCAAGAUGCAAAUGCUGCUACGACUGAGGAUGUUCAGAUGGCUGAUGGGACUCAAGCUGUUUCUGAAGCUGUUCCUGCGAGUGUACCUGUUGUUGAUCCAAAAGAAGCAACAUAUGCUGAGAGGCUGACAAAACUUAAAGGGAUUUUGUCUGGAGAGACUUCUAUACAGUUGACUCUGCAGUUCUUAUACAGCCAUAAUAAGUCGGAUCUUCUAAUUCUUAAGACUAUAAAACAGUCAGUUGAGAUGAGAAACAGUGUUUGCCAUAGUGCAACAAUCUAUGCUAAUGCAAUUAUGCAUGCUGGAACAACCGUUGAUACAUUUCUGAGGGAGAAUCUGGACUGGCUGAGCAGGGCAACAAACUGGGCCAAAUUUAGUGCUACAGCAGGGCUUGGGGUCAUUCACAGAGGUCACUUGCAACAGGGAAGAUCAUUGAUGGCUCCUUACUUGCCGCAGAGUGGUUCAGGUGGUGGUAGCCCAUAUUCCGAAGGUGGAGCCCUGUAUGCUCUUGGUCUGAUUCAUGCAAACCACGGAGAAGGCAUCAAACAAUUUUUGCGUCAGAGCUUAAGUAGUACUAAUGUUGAGGUUAUCCAGCAUGGUGCAUGCUUAGGUCUUGGACUGGCAGCUCUAGGAACAGCUGACGAGGAUGUGUUUGAUGACAUUAAAAAUGUGCUUUAUACUGACAGUGCUGUUGCUGGUGAAGCUGCCGGUAUAAGUAUGGGUUUGCUGAUGGUUGGAACUGCUAGUGAGAAGGCAACUGAAAUGCUUGCCUAUGCACAUGAGACUCAGCAUGAGAAAAUCAUUAGGGGGUUGGCACUAGGGAUAGCCCUCACUGUGUAUGGAAGAGAAGAAGGGGCAGAUACCUUGAUUGAACAAAUGACUCGGGAUCAGGACCCUAUAAUUCGUUAUGGUGGUAUGUACGCCUUGGCAUUAGCAUAUAGUGGAACAGCAAACAAUAAAGCCAUCCGCCAACUGCUACACUUCGCCGUAUCAGAUGUGAGUGAUGAUGUCAGGCGGACUGCUGUUCUUGCACUAGGAUUUGUUCUUUAUUCAGAACCAGAACAGACCCCUCGAAUCGUCUCCUUGCUAUCUGAGUCUUACAAUCCACAUGUUAGAUAUGGUGCUGCUUUGGCAGUUGGCAUCUCCUGUGCAGGCACUGGUAUGAGUGAGGCAAUAUCUUUGUUAGAGCCACUAACAUCAGAUGUGGUUGAUUUUGUUCGUCAAGGUGCUUUAAUUGCAAUGGCUAUGGUAAUGGUUCAGAUCAGUGAAGCUAGUGAUUCUCGUGUUGGAGCAUUCAGACGGCAAUUAGAGAAGAUUAUCUUGGAUAAGCACGAAGAUACUAUGAGCAAGAUGGGAGCCAUUUUAGCCUCUGGAAUCCUUGAUGCCGGUGGAAGGAACGUCACCAUAAAGUUGCUUUCUAAAACAAGACAUGACAAAAUUACUGCAGUAGUUGGUCUUGCAGUUUUUAGCCAGUUCUGGUAUUGGUAUCCACUUAUCUAUUUCAUUAGCUUGGCAUUUUCGCCAACAGCCUUGAUAGGGCUUAACUAUGAACUGAAAGUACCUCGGUUUGAGUUCUUAUCUCAAGCAAAACCAUCAUUGUUUGAGUAUCCUCGGCCAACUACUGUUGCCACCACCACAUCUGCUGUGAAAUUGCCUACUGCGGUAUUAUCAACAUCUGUAAAAGCAAAAGCCAGGGCAAGUAAGAAAGAGGCAGACCAGAAAGAAAAAGCUGAGAAGUCAUCUGCAACAGAGUCAACUUCCGGGAAGGGCAAAUCAUCUGGCGACAAGGAUGAGGAUUCUAUGCAGGUUGAUAGUCCUGUGGAGAAGAAAGCCGAACCAGAGCCAUCAUUUGAAAUUUUGAUCAACCCUGCUAGGGUGGUUCCUGCUCAAGAGAAGUUUAUAAAGUUCCUUGAAGACAGCCGAUACAUACCAGUAAAAUCGGCAGCCUCGGGUUUUGUUCUUUUGAAAGACUUGCGACCAUCUGAGCCUGAAUUUUUAUCUCUAAUUGAUGCUCCCUCAUCAACCGCCUCGACUGGUGGCGCUUCUGCAACUGCACAACAAGGAUCAGCAGCAUCAAUGGCGGUUGACGAGGAACCUCAACCACCACAGGCUUUCGAAUAUACUUCUUAAUCAGCUGUCCACAUUUCCAGUUUGGCCCUUGUCUGUUAUAGAUGGUGCUUUAAGGUUCGAUAAAGUUGAAACAAUUUCAAGCAUCAUUCUUCCCAAACCACGACGAUAUGUUGGCUAUGGGCACUCCGGUGUAUUUCUCCGUUCUAAUUUGUUAAUGCAUUGACUAAGCUCGGUUAAGACUCGGUGGACUGUAAUAUGCUGUUAUCUGUAGCAAGGUUCUCUUCGAUUAAUCGCAAAUUUGUAGUCCUUGAGAAACCUGAAGUGCAUUCGCUCCCUUUUCUGUGUACGUCAGCUAGAAAAAAGAUUUCAUUCUAAGAUUUGAUCUUUUGUUUUCUUCUUUGUGAACUCCAUUUUUGACAGUUCUCAUGUUUUCUUUGUACUCUGGGUAUCCUAUCAUGAUUACUCUGAUAAUCAUUUCGUA